AUGCUCAGUUGGCUCUUUCUUCUUCCAUUCGCUGUGUGUCUAGCUAGCUUCUGGACCACAACGGGGCAUGAUGCGACGCUGCUACCGACCAGAGAGGAUGCGCUCAAGAUUGUGACGAACCUCCCCGACUCCAGCGAUGAUUACCGCACCGACGUUGGCUCCCUUCCCCCUACUUACAACCCUGGCACCCCGUAUGCCUUGCGUCGCAGUAAGGGAUUUAACCUUCUUUAUACUCUAGAACCCGAGACUCAGGAUAUCGUUUGCCCUGCACCUGGUGGCCCUCUUAUCUAUCCGCGUUUGGCGCUAGCCUGGCCUUUCCUUUCCGUCUGCGGUCCGUUCAAACACCAUCCCAACGGCUCGUCCUCCACCACUUCGUGCGUAGCUCUGUGGCAAUGGCCACCACCAGGCACGUUGGACAGGCGAACACCAAAGUUGAUCUCCCCUUGUGUGACCAUGUCUCCUGUAGCUGGUGGGCACUGUGUCUGGUCCGCUUUCCGUGGUGGUCCAGCAACGACCGACUCCACUGUAUCCGGCCAACUCCACCUCCUGACGGCGGAUUCAACAGGCUCAUUGGAGGUUUGGGAUUUGGUCAAAGGCUCAAAGAUAUUGCACUUUAACGCCGUGCGCCACUGUGGCGGUGUCCUACGAUGUUGCGCCGUUCCAACUUCGUCCACCUCCGCUUCAAUGGACAAUCAACAGUCAGUCGUGCUUACCGGUGGUUCGAGUGGGGUGAUCGGAUGCUGGGAUUGUCGAGUUGGCACCGAUCCGACACGUCCGCAGAACACUUUCACAACCUCUCGCUCUCUCCUCUUGGUAAGUAUUUUCCCACUGACUCCUGCCCGUUCGUGUUCAAUUAUACCGUAG